AUGGCAGAAUCUGAGAAGAAGAGCGGAUCUGACACUGUCUCUGAAGUUGCAGACACUCAAGAGGACCGUAGACUUGUGCGAAAAGUCGAUUUACGCCUAAUUCCCAUUCUUUCGCUGUUGUAUCUCUUGAGUUUCCUCGAUAGGUCCAAUAUUGGCAAUGCACGCAUCAUUGGCUUAGCAGCUGAUAUUCAUCUUUCUCCGUCGGCGUACAACACAGCUCUCGCCCUGUACUUUAUUGCAUACGUUUUAUUUGAGGUGCCUUCUAAUGUAGGUCAAACACAUAUCGGUCGAAACCAGGCUCACAUUGCUUUAGAUCAUAUAUGGCUACCCACUCUAACGCUUGCCUGGGGACUUGUCAGCAUUGGCCAGGGCCUUAUCACAAAUCAAGCAGGCCUGCUAGGAAUACGGUUCUUAUUAGGCAUUACGGAAGCAGGUCUAUUUCCAGGCUCCAUUUUUCUGUUCUCCGUGUAUUACCAGAGGCAAGCCCCGAAUCAGACUGCUCAGAAUUUUUUGACUGAGAUUUUGACCAGACGCGAGCGUGGCUACCGGGUUGCCAUAUUUUUCGGCGGAGCUGCACUUGCUGGAGCUUUUGGAGGUAUCCUCGCCUACGCCAUUGACAAAAUGGAGGGAGUAGGCGGACGACGCGGCUGGCAAUGGCAGAUUUUCAUUGUCGAAGGGAUUUUGACCGUUGCAGUUUCGUUGGUCGCCUACUUCAUUGUUCCGACUUGGUCGCACACAGCGAAAUUCCUCACUGAUGAUGAACGAAGCAGACUACUGACAAGACUGAAAGCGGAUUCAGAUGCGGGGCAUAACGAACGUUUCCGGUGGUUUUAUGUUCGACAGGCCAUCAGUGAUCAUCUCGUUUGGGGCUAUGCAUUCUUGUUCCAUGGUUUCUCAUUCGUCCUAUACACUCUCAGCCUCUUCAUGCCAACCAUCAUCGUUGGACUCGAUUUUGAGAGCUGGCAAGCACAACUCAUGACAGUACCACCGAACGUCCUCGCGAGUAUAUCCAUUUGGAUGACAGUAUGGUUGUCCUCGAAAUACAAUCUCCGAGCACCAUUCAUCAUCUCAUCAGCAAUGGUGGCCAUCAUCGGGUACAUCAUUCUGCUAACCGCAAAAACUCCUGUUGGCCAGUAUACCGGUGUACAUUUUGCAGCCGCGGGGGUGUACACCGGCAAUGCACUGUUGUUGAGCUGGCCUGGUGAGAACGUUUCAGGGCAAACAAAACGUGCCAUAGCAGUCGCCAUGCAAAUAACGAUCGGUGAUCUUGGUGCCGUUGCAGGUGUGCUUAUUUAUCGACCGGAAUUCGCGUCACAUAACUACCGCAAACCCCAUAUCAUCUCCAUUGGUUACCUCCUUUUCGCCAUUGCAGUGACAGCGUACCUGUGGCUGUGGAUGUCCAAGGAAAAUAGAGAUAGAGCACUAAGCCUCAAAAACAAGGAUGCGCAUAAAGAGAUUGAUCUCAGCGAGGAGGACAGACUAAAACUAGGAGACCGUGAUGUCAAUUACCGAUAUGUCUUAUGA